AUGACUCCUCGUCGUUCCUCUCGGGCUCGCACCUCUCAGCCCUCUCCUGCCCUCCCACAACACACCAACUCUUCCUCCAGCUCCUUAAAUUCUCUUACUCGAGAGAGAAGCACUCGAUCAAAUCACAAAAAUAAUUCCCCUCACGAAUCGACCGGUCACCGCUCUCAGUCCAUCGAUGAUGCUGAGGGUGGCUCGAAGGACCUUCCACAUACGCGGCAGCGCCAGCGCGCUCACGACGACGACGAUGAUCCACCCCGUGAAGAAGACGAGGAUGACCUGGAUGAUGAGGAGGAGGAAGUGACUCGAUGUCUCUGCGGUCAGCAAGACUAUCCGGGCUUGCCUGCUUCUCGUCGCGAGGCCCUCGGUCGCGGCACUAUCAAGCUGGAGUCGGGACAAGUCCCCACGGAUCCAUCUGAUCCUCUGUCAGAGGAGAUUGGGAGCAUGUUCAUCCAGUGUGACUUGUGUAAAGUCUGGCAACACGGUGGUUGUGUCGGAAUCAUGGACGAGGCGACGAGUCCUGACGAAUAUUUCUGCGAGGAGUGCCGGAAGGAUUUGCACCAGAUCAAAGACGAACCUGAUGGACAACGCUCCUCUACCUACCUUCCUGUUGCACCUGAACCAGUUCCGCCGCCACCACCACCUCCUCCAGCCCCAGCUCCGGCCCCGGCGGUGCCCGAGGUACCUGAGGUGCCAGCAGUGCCAGUUGGACCUGUCAGCUCCACGGUGGCCCCGUCACCCGGCCCGUCUUCUCGUGCCUCCUCGAGAGAUAUAUCACGGCGUUCCAAGGAUCCCAAGUCCCGGGCCAGCGAGAGUGCCGCCGCGCACGCCAAGCGGCGAUCAACAAUGAACAGCCGGGAUGCUGCUUACGACGAAGAAGAAUUGAUCAGACGCGCAAUUGAGGAAAGCAAAGCCGAGACCAAGAGCAAUGCGGAUGAGGCAGACACGCAUCUAGGCAAGCGAAGUCGAAGUGACAGUGUGACGAGCAGAGAACGCACGAAACGUCCGCGAACUGCUUCACCGUCACCUAGCGCCAUCUCGAGGCAUAGCAAUAUCGCAUCUCACCCGCCCUCUGAUGAUGAGACGAAACCAAAACAACCGGUAAACGGGACUCGCAGACAAAGAACUGCAUCUCGAGGCCAGCUGGAGAAGGAGCCAGCGAACGAGCCCGAUGAGGGCGAGACGGAGGCUCCGGAAGCGGCCAACCUGCACAACUGUCCAUUUUCUUACACCGCUAUAACAGAAUCCGAGCACGAAAUCGGUUCCCCAACCAAGACAGCACCACCAGAGCGUGAACCGUCCCAAGCGAGCCCUAACACGCCGACUCCCCAAGAGCCCACACCUGUUCGACCGUCCACUCGCAAGUCCGGUCGACCUCCCGCUCGUCGUGGUCGUGUUGGGCGAAACCAAUAUACGAAAGACCGGGACACCAAUGGGAAUGGAGAUUCCGGAUAUAUGGCAAACUCGCCGCGUCGCGGCCAGUCCCACGAAAUCGGCGGAGACUCCCUCGAGUUGGCUACGGAGGUGCCAACGGAGCACACAUCAAUGCGAACAACGAUGAACGAGAUGAAGCGCCGAGUAGCAGCCAUCCUGGAGUUCAUCUCGCGCAUGCAAGUGGAGAUGGCCGUUGCCAGCGAGAAUUCCUCCACGCCUACGGGCAACGGCGACCGGACCCAGGGUCUGCUUUUGAAGAGUAUGGUUGAUCAAAUCGACAGUGCCAUGCCAUCCACACGCAGUGACGGCGGCGAGUCUGGCCCUGCAACCACAGACGGCGGCUACGGCGAGUCGUCGACGAACCAUGAAAAGGAUUUCAAGGAUCUCAGCAGCGUCGAGAUGAUGGACGUGCUAACUCGCCAUCUUCUCAAGUGGCAGCAGGAGUACGGCAAGUUUGGAGAACGGUAG